CCAUGAACACAGAGGAACGUCCGAGAAGAAACAACAAUUAAUGCCAUUGAAUUUCGUGAGGUUUACGUGGAUGAAUCUUCCAGGAAUGCUUCGGGCGAUUUUAACUGUCACAGGUGCUGAGUGUUGCUGCGGUUGCAGAUCGAUAAUAAUUCCCUCCGUGCUAUCAUUUGACCGCCGGUGACCCUGCAUUUUCGGCCACUGGAGAUGAAGAAAUAGGGGCCGUCUAAGCUUUCGGGUCUAGGUUUUAUAAGGCUCGGUUUUGCUCCACAUUUGAUUGACAACGGUUAUUGAGGCAGGACCAGCAUUUGAUCAAUACUUAUACUCGACCUUCCCUGCCCACUCUUGCUACCAGGUGCACCUGAACAGCCGCUUCAUGGUUCAACGCUCUUUUACCAACCAGUGCAAUGCCCUUGUUUAUGCAAUUCCCUAAUUUCGGAUAUCAUCACAAUAUAUUUCGACGCGCAUUACUUUAGCGACGACAACACAGUGAACAUUGUCAGCAUUUGGUUUUUGGCUUUGGCAUGGGCGCGAUUUGAAUAAUUGGCUGGUCUCUGAACACAACUUCCCCUGCCGACUUUUACUUCAGCCAUCCCUGCUGCCCCAUUGCACAAGGGGCCCUCUAGUUUCGGUGAUCUUACACACGAAAGACCUUCGUUUCAGCAAUUUUUACCGGCAGAAUAACGCUUUGUUUGCAGACGCGCCUCUUUGAUCCACGCCGCCCUUUUGGCACGUCCCGCUCAAAGAGCAAAACUGGAAUUUUACGCCAGCCCUCCCCUCUCGCCUCCGACGCAUCGAUCUCCAUAUUUCGAUUCGUCGCGAGGCGGGACCGCCUCAGAGCAGCUUAGGGGAAUGGAUGGAGACAGCAGCCAGCGCAAGAAGUACGACCUCUCUGCGCACGGAACGGCUGGCGGCAUAGGGAGGUCUCGGCCGCUUCAUCACUCUCAGGAGAGUCCCAUAAAUCGCUUUAGGGAUAACAAUCAACCCCCAGCUUCUCGUGGGCUUCAUGUGGAUACGGUGGCACACCAGAGUCGUAAUCCUUCACUCCACCCGUACGGUGGUUUCGAGUACGCCGAGUCAGCAUCCUACAAUGCACCAUCGCUCCAAGGCGGGCCACUGCAGAGUGGAGCAAUGCCCUAUCAGCAAGAUUUUUCUACAUCUUCAUCCAGGCAAAAUCAGUCGCAGGCGACGCAGCAGUCAGGCCAUCAGGAUCAACAACGGCAGCAGCGAAUACAGCAGUACGACCCCGGAAUGGUUUACAAUAUUGCACCGCAGGCUCAACCGCAUUCUCCAUAUGAUACUGCUUCACAUUAUCAGCCACGGCACUCUGCAGCUAUUGAAGUUCUGGCGACACAGUUUGGUGUUCCGCAGUACUACCCGACCGACGAGUCCCCAGCGACUGAAUCCACCCAUUACUUAACCACACAAGUUCAGCAGACCCCGUAUUCCCAACCUCAUUCUGCUACUCGCUCGCAUAUUGCGACUUCAUUCCCCGAGACUAUGGCCGGAUUUAAUACAUCCGUUGCGCCGGAGCCUCCCAACCCGUCCGAACGGCUACGGGAGCCUUCAUCUGGCCUGGAGGAUGCAUAUAAUCGGUACCAGCAAGCUUUAAGGCAAACGUUCGAAAAUAUUCGUAUUGGCCGCCUGAUUACUGCGAGUCGAUCUCUCCUUGAAAUGUCAGAAUGGUUACUUGGGAAUGCUGUGGACCUUGGUCUUGUACGCGACGAAGAACAUUUACACACCGACCGCAUCAAACUAUGGGAUGAAUUUAAUACGUGCUGGUUGGCCCUAUGUCAAAAGCAAAAAGACACGACGCAAGGCAUGUUGGAAUCCGGGCCUUCAUCGCAGGAAAUUCUCACAGAAGAAAUACUUAAUAAAAUGGGGAAAGAUUUGGUUCGUUUAUGUGACAGAAUUGAACAAUACGGUUUAGUUGAUUAUCAAAUGGGUGUGUGGGAAGAGGAGAUUCUAAGCGUUCUCAGCCAAUGUCUCGAUCUUUUGGAAGAAUACGAAGACACGACUUCAGCCAGCCGCAGCCAAACAGGCACUGUCGGUCGCUAACCUCCUGUUUUUGGAUUGUUUUCCUUCAGUAAUUGUGACUUUACCUUCGUAUUCUCGAGACGCCACCGAUAUUUGACGUCGGCUUUCAUUUAUUAGACCUUUAAUACGUCAAGUGCAAGGCCUCACAGGAGGCCACCAUCGCACGCGAGCGACCACGAUACUCUUUUCCAUCGCCCUCACGAUUCAACUAUUGUAAUUGUUCAGCGCAUACUUCCGAUACGGGAGGGUUAUUUUGCUUAUUCUGUUCCAGCGAAACGAAGCAUCGAUGAUAUCCCAUGGCCUAGAUUUUAGAGUGGUAUAGACUCGGUUCGGAGUGAAUGGUUUGAAAUUGGUUUCCUCGGGGUUUAUUUUCCUUGCUCUUAUUAUUAACGCUUUCCGCUUACAUUUGCUAUUUGACUCCCGUGCCUUGGUUUCUUUUUUUCCCCUCGUGGGUGUGGGGAACGGAUUGGAUAAAGUGGCAUCGAAGCAAUUCGGCGAGCAUUAUGCGGCGUCAAGCACUGGGACUGGUGGUGUUCCGGUACUUGGAAAUAAUUUUCUGUUUUUCAUUCUCUCUACCGUCUCUGUUCGGAGUUUGCUGCGUACUCUUCCCUCCCUCUAAUUUGAUAUCCCCCAAGCUCUGUUUGUGUUACCCUGACCUUAUGUUUUCACAAUUGUGCUCCUGUUGUUGGGCUGGAGUGCGAUGCGCGAACUGAUUUCUAUGUUGAUGCUGACGCUAUUAUUCCGGACUAAUUCUGUGUUUACCUUUCCUCGCGCCUGCUGGCUGACGAAUAAGUAAUAUCCCUUAAUUGGAGUGGGAAUUCGCCCAUACAAAUUCAAGACAUUUUGAUGACAG